UAGAGCUAGAUGUAGAGAUUGCCGAGUUUUGUUGAGAAUUCGUAGCUAUUUUCCCACAUUGUUACCCGCCUUCGAUUUUGUUGGUUUCGCCCGCGUUUUUCGCGUGCUCUGCCAGAGAUUUCUUUGUCAUGGCGAUGGCCAGAAAUCACGUUUUAUUUGAGCCUCUUCUUGUAGAUUAUAGCUUUAGAACAGACUGGUGUUAUUUGGAAAUAGUUUCUGAGUUGUGUUGUGAUAAAUGCUGCCUUUGCGAUGGAUUUUACCUCGCGUUAGUUCGCUGUUGCAUCGCCGUAUGGCGACUGCACAACAACCUCAGCAAAACUUCGUCACAUCAAACUUUGAUUCCGGCGAAGUGAAAUCCCAAGCGGUGUCAAGCAAUGUGGUUUCAACCCCGCAAGAUUUUACACAACAGGUCGCGAGUGUUACUGCCGCCGCCAUUUCACAUGUAGUUACCUCGCAAAAUGUGGUGCCUACGCCUCAACACACUUCUUUACCAGCAAAUACUGUCACUUUAACAGUCCAGCCUUCCCAGAUACAAACGCCACAAACUACAUUAAUAACAGCCAACGUCAUUUCUGGUGAUGAGUUCCAAGCGAAAGAAGGUUUUCCCACGGCAGAAGUACACUACGUCGAGGCCCCGUCGGAACACGGUCUGUAUCCGAAUGGAAACACGGGCAAUGCUUACCAUUACAGUGAUGGCACGAUGUUUGCACAGCAAGCAGGAGCACCUUAUCUUGAUGCAGGCCAAGCAGCACAAAAUUUUACGGCCGCCACGACACCAGGGGCAGUCACAAGUGGACAGACAUUCUUACAAGUAACUCCUGCUGGGACAACCAUGCAGGCACAGCGACACCCAAUAACGCACACAACCAGGGCGUCUCCUGCAACAGUAAGUUCCCUUCUGAAGGCGUUAACACCUUCAGUAAAAGGUCAACUCAUUUAUCUACAAGAGUGGAUUGAUCAACAUUUAAUUUCCCGAUGCAUCAUGAAUGCUUUUGUUAGAUUUAAACCUUCCAAGCUAGUUAUUGAAAUCGUCACUUUUUUGUUCUUGAUAUCCUUCAGGGGCAAUGCUUACCAUUACAGUGAUGGCACGAUGUUUGCACAGCAAGCAGGAGCACCUUAUCUUGAUGCAGGCCAAGCAGCACAAAAUUUUACGGCCGCCACAACACCAGGGGCAGUCACAAGUGGACAGACAUUCUUACAGGUUACUCCUGCUGGGACAACCAUGCAGGCACAGCGACACCCAAUAACGCACACAACCAGGGCGUCUCCUGCAACAGUACAAUGGUUGGUCGACAACUACGAGACAGCAGAAGGAGUGAGUUUACCACGUAGUACUCUGUACAAUCAUUACCUUCAACACUGCCAGGGAAACAAGCUAGAUGCAGUGAAUGCCGCAAGCUUUGGAAAGCUUAUCAGAUCAGUGUUCAUGGGAUUAAGAACCAGACGAUUAGGCACAAGGGGUAACUCCAAGUAUCAUUAUUAUGGAAUACGCAUUAAGCCAAGCUCACCACUCAAUGCUUUGUCAGAUGAAGCUCAGGUAGCCAUGAGACAGUCACCAUCCACACAGAAAAGACUGAAGCCUGCUGCCAGGUUGGAUUCUACUGACACAGGUGAGGCAGCAUCACACUCCCCGGCAGUGUCAGCUGAUCAGCAAGCACAACAGAGCCAGAUGCAGCAGCACCAGCAAUACCUUGGUGAUGUCACACAGGGUCUGCCAGAGUUUGAGGAACUGGACCUCAAAGAUUGCCCUCUUCCAGAGGGGAUUACUGACCAAGAUCUUGACUCUUUUGUUGACAUGUACCGGGAACACUGUGAGGCUUUCCUUGAUGUUGUAGUCAACUUGCAGUUUACUUUGGUGGAAUCCUUGUGGCAAACAUUUUGGCGACACCCAGCAGAAGAUAAAUCCGGCUCUGGAGCAGAGGAUGAUGAGAAAAAAGAUGGAGGUGAUGAUGGAGAAUAUGAGAGCAGGCUAGCCCAGAGCAAACUGCUACAGCUGUGUGAGUAUGAUCCAGUGAUAACAUUCGUCAAGGCUUGUGAUCACCUCCUAUAUCAGACACUGGUUGAAAUCCUUAUUCCCGAUGUUCUACGACCAAUUCCAGCUUCUCUGACACAAGCUGUACGUAAUUUUGCUAAAGGCCUUGAGGGCUGGCUGGUGAACAGCCUGGAUCAGAUCCCUAAAAAGAUGGCUGAUGUCAAAGUAUCCACUUGUAGUGCAUUUGCACAGACUCUCCGCCGCUACACGUCACUGAACCAUUUGGCUCAAGCUGCACGUGCUGUGCUUCAGAACUCUUCUCAGAUCAGUCAGAUGCUGGCUGACUUGAACAGAGUGGACUUUGCCAAUGUGCAAGAGCAAGCCUCAUGGGUGUGUCAGUGUGACGACAAUAUGGUGUAUCGACUGGAGCAGGAUUUUAAACUCACCCUCCAGCAACAGAAUUCUCUUGAACAAUGGGCAAGCUGGUUGGAAGGUGUAGUUGAUCAAGUUCUUAAGCAGCACGAGGGGACAGAGGAGUUUCCUAAGGCAGCAAGACAGUUCCUCUUAAAGUGGUCAUUUUACAGUUCCAUGAUAAUUCGUGACCUGACCUUGCGAAGUGCGGCCAGCUUUGGCUCAUUCCAUUUGAUCAGGCUACUUUAUGACGAGUACAUGUUUUAUCUGGUUGAACACAAAGUUGCCAAAGCUAUUGGUGCAUCACCCAUGGCUGUUAUGGGAGAGUUUGUUGGCCUUGGGUCAGCAUUGUCCAUGGGCUUGGAUACAGUGGAAAAUAGUCUUCUAACAGAACAGCCCGACUGCACACUAAGCUAUGGUUCCCAGGCCACCAGUUCUAGCAGCUCUUCUAGCAGUUCUCGGCCAUCUGGGACCGGGUCCCUAGAGCCAGAAGCUAAACGGCCUCGUCCAAGCUAAACUGUCAUGUAUUAUAUCCCUGUAAAAUAUGAAAAGAAAUAUUUUAUUCCUAAAAGCUUUUGAUGGCAUAUUAAUAAGUAAAAAAGGUUAUUAAUUAAUAGUAAUAAGAAACAAAUGUUUCAUUACUCGAGCACUUCAGAGCUACAUUAACCAUAAAUUAUGGGAAUUAUUUACCGUAGUUGUAACUUAUAUUGUUACAAAAUAUAUGUUGCUUAUUAGUAGAGUUGAUUGAACGUAGGUUUUGUCUUACACGUUAUUAGUGCAAGACAGUAAAUAGUGCUUCUUAUGAUCAAUUCCACAUCCUUUAUAUAAUUUCAGCACAUAGUUACACUAGUCCAACUUGCAUUCUAAUGAUAAGAAUGCCAAAAUCCAAAAGCAAUGCACACUGUAAGCUUUCUUUUCCCAAAUCCCAAUACUGUUAAAUUUAGCAAAAUCGGUGGUCAAAAAAGAUAAGUUUUAAUGUAGUUUCUUUGGGGUUUUCGAGGAAUUGAAAACUUAACAUGCAAUAAGCAAAAUGAGACAUUUUGACAGUUUUUAAGAGUCUUUAAACUAAGCAACAAUCAGUGUUUGAGAAACAGUAGUUUAAAAUAAUGAUAUGGAUUGAGGUGGUUCCUUUAAAAUCCAAUUUUAUGAUAGUUUUUAACAAUUCAAAAUACUAUUUUUACCAGGACAGUAGUUGCAUAUAAUAAGGAAAAAAUGCAUUGUAUGAAACAGCAUAUUUUAACAACCAUCUAGAGAAAAAGCUUUCUUUGUUGAAAAUAAAAUUCAGUUGUCUGUUUACAGUGAAAAAGCAUUUUAAUAAAUUGAUGUAAAAUCAACAGCUUAAACCUUUGGGGACCUUUCUGAGAUACCCUUUUUAUUACAUUUUUGUUCUUUUCAGAAUCAGCACAGUUUGAAUAUUGUGCCAUGUUUCAUUGCACAUAGCUCUGAG